AUGUUUUCUGCAAAGUACUACGACAAUCCGUUCGCGGACAGCGACGACGACAUCUGCUACGCCGAAAUCAUGUCGGAUGGUGAUGACGGCGGCACCGCCGCCGACGCUCGGCCACGUUUCCCGUCCAUUUCCCCCACCGCCGCCUUCAACUCAGCGUGGCGUGGCAGCAGUGAAACGGCGAAGAGUGGAUGCUUGGCCAGCAUGGAGAUCCCCCUCUCCACAGUGCACGGCUCGCGGCGCGGCAGCACACAAGCAGAUAAUCUGGAGUACGAAGCGUACAUUGAACUGCUCUGCGCUGAACUGAUGACAGCCAACGCCGACAACAACCGCCUGGCAGCCACGCAGAGCAAACUGGAGUCGCGCGUGCGCAAGUUAUCUUUCGAAAAAGAGAAUGCCGAGCGGCAGAUGCACCAAGAGAAGGAGCGUAACCGCGUCUUGGCGGACAAGGUGUCGGCGUUAGAGGAGGAGCUGAAGCUGAUGAUGGUACGCGCCAGCUCUGCAGCGCACCGCCACGGUGCCAUGUCGCUCGAGACGAGCAGUCUUCACACUUCCACAAGCCCUGAAAGACCGUCCGCUGCAGCACCACGAAUGCGGCGACGCGACCCCAACGCCUCCCAGGAGCAGUUUAUAGCACCCGACACGUCCUUUGAGCAGCCACGCCGCCUCGAGCUGAGCCCGUCAGCCGCAUGGCGUGCGCCGUCAGCGGACGGAAGUUCCAGCCUCCGUGCCCUGGAGCAAAUACACCACGCGCAAGCGGUGUACGCUACCUUCCGUGGUGGCUCGUAUGAUCGGCAUGGCGAGCCAAUCAUGACAACGGCGUUGCCCCAGAGAGGGCGUACAGGCUACGAGCCACGCGGCGAGGCGCCGUCACCCCUUGGUCAGCAGACGCGGUGCAGUCAGCGAGGGGCCGCCGCGGCAUAUGAAAUCACCCUAGCCCAGCAGCAGGCUCGGAAGGAGCAGGCGGCCGCGGCACAGGAGCUGGAGGCGCACCUGCGCGAGCACAGUCAGCAGCGCGACGAACUUAUGAAGCAACUAGAGCGUCUCGAGCGCACACGCACCCGUACGGUGGCGGAUCGCAAAAAAAAGGCGGCCGUCGAACGCGACCUCGAGGCGGAAGAAAAGGUCAUUGGCCAAAUUCGACUCGAGCUGCGCUCCCGCUCCGCGCUGCUACGUUAG